GCGAUUUGCCCACCCCGAGCUGCUCUCGAGCGAUCUCGAUUCUCGUGUCAAUUUAACGCGUCAUCCUCUUACACUUUCAUUCUUCUUUUCCUCAUUUUUCUUUCGCGCGCCCCCUUUAUCCCUCGCGACAAAACUCUUUUAUCAGCGAUUAUUCCCUCAUCGAGAUCGGAUUAUUAUCGCGGAAUACAUUUGACAAGAGAUAACGCAGUCGUGAUCGUAUUACCGAUACGGAGAUUCGAGCACGCAAAAUAUCGUUCGAUAACCAUUCGUUUAUCAUGGUGCUCAAGAUUUAUUGUUUCGAUGAAAAGUAUCCUGGUCGUGCUCCUCUUCCGGGAUAUCUGUCAGGAUACGAGAACGUCUCAGGUUUCGACCCUCGAUCAUAAUCCCCUGAUCGAUCACUCACCGGAAUGCGGAGGAUUAACGAAAACAAGUGGGAGUAACAUUUGAAAAUAUCUCACGUAAUGCUGUUGGAAUCUACGGAUUCGGUCGACUUCCGUUUCAAUCUUUCGUACUCUCGUAAAAAACUACCUCACGAAAGAUCGAAGAACUGAGGGUAAAAGAGGGACUGAGGCAGAGUACGAGAAAUCGAAGAACUUCCGGUUGCCGGAAUUGGAGAACAUCUCCGCGUCGUGGCCUUCCCGCGUGUACGGGCUUGAAAUUUCGACGAUGCAUUCGAUCGCCGAGCUCGUCGUUGGGAAAGGUGUGUUACCACUCGCCUCGGCGAAAUUUCGCUUGACUACGAAGCGGCGAAUCACCAAAGGGGUGGAAACGAGAUCGGUAUGCAAAGCGAGACACGGCGGUCCCUUCGUCAUAGCCACGACGACGAGGCAUAUAACCGAGAGAAAUCCUGGUGAAACCUCGCGCUAGGGGAUAAGAGGCAAAACCACCUUGGAAGGGAAAAAAGGGAGAUCAAAAGAGGGUGGAAAAUCAAGCAGAAAGCCAAAACUGUGAUUGGCGGGAGAAGAAAAAUGAUGUAAGAAGUCUUUGAAGGACGAUUGAGGAGCGAGAAAAAUCGAAAAAUGUUAAAAAUGAUUUGCCAAAUGAAUUUCCAAAUGGUCGUAAAUGAAGGGAAAAUAAUAAAGAAAAUAAAUAUCACAUAAAGAAUUUACGAACUCAAACAAUCCAAGUGAAUCUCGAUUGAAAAAAACCAUUAUUUUAGGCUCCGUGUGAAGCGGUUGAAAAUGAACGAAACCGACGAGAUUUUCAGGGGAGUGAAAAUAAAAAGUGGAAAAUUAAGGGAGUGAUAAGAAAAAUAAUAAUAUUAUCGGUCUGGACAAAAUGACUGACAGUUCGAACGCGAGUGACAUCGAUACACCGCGUUUGUGCAUGUUACCGGAAGACCUCGAGACCCUGGAGGACCCACGAACAGCUUCCCUCAGGAGGGUCAGUUACGGAAUUAUUUUACCGGCUAUUUGUUGUCUCGGCAUCGUCGGCAAUGUUCUCAAUCUCGUCGUCCUUACGCGACGCAAUAUGAGAGGCACCGCCUACAUUUACAUGAGAGGAUACGCGGCUGCAGCGCUCCUCGCAAUAUUGUUCUGCAUACCUUUCGCACUGAGAGUUCUCAUCCACAAGGAAACUGGACGAUGGAGCAACUGGCCGCAGGCUUUUUAUCAUGCCCAUCUCGAACUUUUCCUCGGCAAUGGGUGUCUCGGUGUAGGAGUAAUGAUGCUCUUGGCACUGACCGUCGAACGCUACGUGAGCGUCUGCCAUCCUGGACAACACACGAGGCCACUUUGCGGACCUCCCCACAUCAUGGUCAGCCUCAUACCAAUCGCCACUUUUUUGAUUUAUCUUCCGAGUCUUUUUCGAGGCGAAGUUACCACUUGUCUCGUUGCACCGGGAGGUCCGCUGAUUUAUCAGAAACGUGAUAAUCUCAGAUUCCUUCAUUCGGUCUUCUAUCAGAUUUACAAAAUAGUGCUGGAAGUCGUAUUCAAAGUGGCACCAACGAUUUUACUAGCAGGCUUAAAUCUUCGAAUAAUGAUAGUGUACAGAAAUUCUUGUGAGCGUAGAAGACGAAUGACACUAUCGAGAACGGUGAGCAGCGACGAGGAUCAUCGAACAUUCGCUGAGGAGAGGCGUUUGGUAUUGUUGUUGGGAAGCACGAGUAUACUAUUCCUCGUUUGCGUCAGUCCAAUGGUCAUACUAAACGUGACACUGAGCGAGAGUAAUUUGAGUCUUUAUCCGUACCAGGUCUUUCGUGCCCUCGCCAAUCUACUCGAAGUCAUAAAUUACUCGAUAACGUUCUACAUCUACUGCCUCUUCUCCGAGGAUUUUCGCAACACCCUCAUACGCACGGUGCAGUGGCCUUGGACGAUGAGCAGCAAAACUGGCGCCGCCGGUGACAACAGACGUGCUCCGAUCAACAGAUCGACGAUUCCCAGGCCCACGACCACCACGACGACCCCGCCGACUACCACCGUCGCGACGCCCGGUCACCACGCACCACGUGCCAGUGUUUAACGGCUGAUAUUUGUAUUUCGGAACGCCCUUAAGGUCAAAAGUUAUUGGUAUUUUGCGCGUGGUACUUUUUUUCGUAUCGAAGGAGGAAUUUCAUUUGAAGUAUUCGAUCUUUCGCGGUUCACUGCGAAAAUUCUAUUUUCUGGAUCGCACGAGUGCCAAAACGACUUUGAGUAGUUCGAGCUCGAAAACAAAGUGAAAAUAUCAUGGAAAUUCUCUUGGAAAACUGACCGACACUUCUGCCACACUGUUUCGAUAUCUCGAUGGCUGAACGAGAGUUUACAAAUGUUUUUUAACCUUUUGACCUCAAGGGUAUGUAUAUAAGAUAUUUAACCUUCCAGAAAUAGAGGAGCAAAGAUUUUUCGCCUAUUGAUGACCGGGGAAAAGUUGUGUCGUGUGUGCAUUCGUUCGUUGUAAAAAAUAUCGUGUGAGAAAAAUAUUUUCAGAAACGGAUUUCAGAUUGAGUGGCCUUAUUAGCAUUUUUUCAAUAACGAAACCCGAGAAAACAAAAUCUAGAUCGUCUCUGCAAACGUACUUUCGUUUAACAAACGACCCAAUCAAAAUUUUUGCUUCCCAAAUGGAACGAAUUUGUCUCGAAUAUAAAACCAACAAGAUUCCAUUUUCCAUCGCUUCGUUCGUUAAAAAAAAUUAUCAAAUAUUUCGACAUUGCUGAGAGAGUAAAAACCUAUCGAGAGCGAUAAAGCCGAGCGACUCAAACGACCCGAUCGGUCCAACGAAACGAACAUUUGAAAUGAUUCUUUCUCCAGGCUCGAUUUUAUUCCAUCAGCCGAACGCAAUAUCUGUAAGAAAUUUAAAAAACUGCCGCGUCAACGAUGUAAAAAAUGACAGGAAAAAUCCUAUAAAUAUGUGAAAUGAAAAUGAAGCAAAUCGAGUGAAGAAAUAAAUCGACGUGAAGAACGUCUCAUUAUCGCA